AUGCGGCUGAUCAACGUCGAAACCCUGGAGCUGGAAGAAUGGAUCGGCGAACACAUUCCCCCUUACGCCAUUCUCUCCCACACCUGGGAUGAAGGGGAAGUCGUGUUCAAGGACUGGCAAGAUCACGACAAGGCACAGACGAAGGCUGGCUAUGCGAAGAUCAGCUUGGCUUGCGAGCAGACUCGGAAGGACAACUUGACGUACCUCUGGGUUGAUACAUGCUGCAUCGAUAAGAGCAGCAGCGCGGAGCUGUCCGAGGCCAUCAACUCCAUGUUCGCCUUGUACGAGCGGUCUGUUGUGUGCUAUGCUCACCUCGCCGAUGUCUCUAUCGAUACUGUACGGUCUCAUUCGCCCGUGGUGUCCGAAGCACCUGAGUCGCCCUCCACUGGACAAGGUGUCCAGUACCGGUUUGAGUGUCUUGAACAAUCUCGAUGGUUUACAAGGGGUUGGACGCUCCAGGAGUUAUUGGCACCAGCACUGGUAGUAUUCUAUUCAAGGGAGUGGCAGAGAAUCUCGCAACUGAAGAAAGUCGAUUCCAUGGAGCACAUGGAGGACAUCAAGUCUAUGUACCGCAUGCAGAAAGACUUUACACAAACCAUAUCCAGAGUCACGCGCGUACGAGAGCGUUACCUCCUAGUCCGUUCAGGCAUCACAGGAGCGAGCAUCGCCGAGAGGAUGCAUUGGGCUUCGCAGCGUAAGACGACUCGGAUAGAAGACGAAGCGUAUUGUCUUCUGGGCCUCUUUCGAAUCAACAUGCCUCUGCUUUAUGGCGAGGGUCCUAAAGCGUUCAUCCGCCUGCAGGAAGAAAUCAUCAAGGUCUCUCUCGAUCACUCCAUCUUCGCGUGGAACUGGCCUCCUUCCGGCUGGCGGCCCGACGACGACAUCACCAUGCUGGCCCCGUCGCCUCGUGCAUUUGGCUUGGCUGGCAUGACCAGCUCCCCCAGGCCUGGGGGUAUUGAUGAGUAUCACAUAACGAAUGCCGGGCUGUCCUUGAAGGUUUCGCUUUUGAGAACUCCAUACUGGGCCCAAUUGUUUGCAGUCCUUGACUGCCUCGACAGUACUGGUCGUAGGCUCUGUAUUCCAUUGACCAAGAACCGGCCGAUGAGCCUCACCAAUGGACGGUCCGGUCCUUUCGGGUUCUCAAGGAGUCCCUGGCCACCAUUCCCACUGCCCACAAGCAGCCAUGCCUUGAGGUUUAAACAACCUGUGCAUGAGCUCGUGUUAGGUCGUUUUGGACUUGAUGUCGAUGUGAUGGGCAAUCGCCAUUCACGGGAUGAUGACUGCCUCAGACGACAUAAAGGGCCAUUCUAUGCGAUGUCGAUACUGAUUUCGACUUCCAAACACAAUCUCCACGGUGCGCAGUGGCACAGUUCAUCGAAGAUCGUCGUAUGCUCGGAAUGCGAUAUGCUCAUCAUCGACCUCAGCAGCGAACAGCCGAAGCACACCAUCAACGUGGCGGUACGGCUGAAGGUUGCUACUCUCACACUGUGCAUUCAUUAUGAGAUCACGCGAAAAACUGCCGCAGAGGUGCCCUCUGUUUCCAUGGACCUGUACGAGAGGAAUUUUGGGGGCGACUUGUUCGACAGCAAAACCCCAUUUGCGCUACAUGCUGACGUCAAGCCCGUUAUGCACACCCAUAGCGCGCUUCGAGGGACGUGGACAAAGUAUAAAGGGCAUGAGUACAUAUACAGGGUGGAUUCCAAACAAGGGUUCAAGGUGGAUUUGGGUUCCUGCUGCGCUACGGGACUCGGGUUCAUUAUACCAACGUAUAUAUGGACGAAGUCGUAA